GACCACAUCAGUUUUGCCAUUAUUGAGAAUCCGAUGAGCCCGGCGGAUACUGUUUGCUACCACGUCAACUCAAUGCGCGGGUGCCACGAUUCGGAGGCAAUUUUUGCUGCGUUGAAGUGCAGGGCGGAUGCAAAAUCAUUUGCAUACAAGACGAGCCCUCGCCAAGCUCAUUUGUCUGACUGCGGAGUGUAUAGGCUACACUAUAUGCACAAGGUAGCACACUAUAUCUCUGAAAAAAAGCCGGCAUCGAUUGCAGACGAGAUGGAGUCACUGACCAGCAGCAGCUUCAACGUAGCCAAGGCCAGCCACUUCCGAUCGGCUCUACUCCAGGCGCUU